GGCUGCCGGUGCGGUCCUAUCGGAAAAAUGUGAUGUCGGUUCAGAAGAGGAGCGAGGCGGACGAGAGCGGCGGCAGCGCCUUGGUGAAGGUGAGCAUGGAUGGCGCGCCGUACCUGAGGAAAGUAGACUUGAAGAUGUACAAGACUUACCAAGAGCUCUCUGAUGCAUUGGGCAGAAUGUUCAGUUCCUUCAUUAUUGGUAAAUGUGAGACACAAGGAAUGUUGGACUUCAUGAAUGAGGGGAUCUGCGGACACGCUUCGCCGGAGGCGUCAAUGGAGAUGCCGUCGCGAAGGAGGAAUCGGAGUGGCUUUUGAAUUUGGAAAUGGAGCGCGAAAUGGAAUCUCGGAGAGUGAGGGGGAGAGUGGAAAUUAGAUCCGACGAGGGUUUGAUUAAGGUGCUGACCGAGCUUUUGAUGGCGGCUUUGGAAGAUUUAAGCGGCAAUUUGGUCACGACAGAGAGGAA